AAUGUCAACCAUCAAUUCGUUUAGGCGUGAUACAAAUACUGAUGAGAAUAGAACAAGAAUUUUAAGGGGAGUAUCGGAAAUAAGGGUAAACAAUUUGGCUGAAAUACAAUAUAAGUUACAAAUUGAUCACUUGCAAAAAACAUCAAGAAUGAGACGUCAAAUUAGGCAGAUGUUAAUGCGUUAUCGUACGGCCACAAAGAAAAUUGAUGCAAUGAAUUGGGAACUAACAGAUCUAGCUUUGCAACUUUGCAUGUUAAAAGUUGCGGCAAAAGUUCGAGAGGACGAGAUUGCAUACUACGAGAAAAUUGUACGAGAUGUUAGAAUUAAAAAUUUUGAAUCUCAUCUAAUUGGUAACUCUCAUAAGCUAACAAUACUUGAGAAUGCAAAAGAUGAUCCGUCAGAAUACGAGUCUGUUAAAAAUAAACUAGCUAAAAGACAACAAAAUAGUAAAAUGUGA